CCUCUUCCUCAUCUAAGCUGCCGGGUUCAAGUCACAUCCUUAAAACUCAUUUAGCAACAGAAGCAAACGCUAACUUAUUGUUCUAUACUUGUACCGAAAAUGGGAGAUCCUGUGUCUGAAUACACGUCCCGACUUCAACAGCAGGUCAGAUCUGAUACUUUACGAAUAUCUCUUGAUUUGCAAGAAUGCACUGAAAUUAAGCAAGUGUAGCUCCGCUAACGUUACGGCUAACAUGGACAUGUGGGCUCGUUGCUGACGUAAUGUGUGGCAAGGCAGCUAGCUAGCUAACUUGCUUGUAAAUAUUGCAGCAGCUUACUAGCUGCCUUGAAAUGUGCUAUUACAUUUACGUCAUUUAGCAGACGCUCUUGAGUUAAGUCUAAGUGUUAUCUUAGCCAGUCAGUCAGUGUUUGUGUGUGGGAAAAGACAGAUGCAGUGGUGGAAAAAGUACCCAAUUACCAUACUUGAGUAGAAGUAAAACAAAUACCUUAAUAGAAAAUGACUCAAGUAAAAGUGGAAGUCACCCAGUAAAAUACUAGCUACUUGAGUAAAAGUCUAAAAGUAUUUGGUUUUAAAUAUACUUAAGUAUCAAAAGUAAAUGUAAUUGCUAAAAUAUACUUAAGUAUCGAAAGUAAAAGUAUAAAUCAUUUCAAAUUCCUUAUAUUAAGCAAGCCAGACAGCACCAUUUUCUUGUUUUAACAAUUUACGGAUAGGCAGGGGCACACUCCAACACAAAGACAUUAUUUGCAAACGAAGCAUGUGUGUUUAGUGAGUCUGCCAGAUCAGAGGUAGUAGGGAUGACCAACGGUGUUCUUGAUAAGUGCGUGAAUUGGACAAUUUUUCUGCCCUGCUAAGCAUUCAAAAUGAAAGGAGUACUUUUGUGUGUCAGGGAAAAUGUAUGGAGUAAAAAGUACAUUAUUUUCUUUAGGAAUGUAAUAAAGUAAAAGUUGUCAAAUAUAUAAAUAGUAAAGUACAGAUACCCAAAAAACUACUUAAGUAGUAGGCUGUCUUGUAGCUCAGUUGGUAGAGCAUGGCGCUUGCAACGUCAGGGUUGUGGGUUCGUUUCCCACGGGGGGACAGUAUGAAAAAUGUAUGCACUCACUAACUGUAAGUCGCUCUGGAUAAGCGCGUCUGCUAAAAUGUAGUUAAGUAUUUUUACAUAAGUAUUUUACACCACUGGACAGGUGACCGGUAAGUCAGCUGUCACUAAUGCCGCGUUCAAAACAACUGCCAACUCGAAAAAAGAUCCGAUUGGGAAAAAUGUAUUGAACCGUCAUCCAACUCGGAAUUGAAAGUCGGGAACUCGGGCAUCUUUCUAGAGCUCUGACUUUCGACCUGAAGAUCACUGACGUCAUGAUUUGACCUAGUGUUUUUUUUUCUUCUCCGAGUUCCCAGUUGUCUUGAAAACACCUUCAUUGAUGUUGAUGAUGAAGGAAGAUGCAGUGUGCGGCCCUUCCCAUCUAGACAUUUAGCUAGCUAUCAUUCAUCAUAUAUCGACAUUAUACUGUAGUAGACAAUUAUUUGCUAGCAAACUUAGCUAUCUGAAGGUUUCAGUUUUGUUCUGAUGGGUGUGACAUCUGAUUUCCUCAAUCUGUGCUGAUAUCAGUAGCUAAAGCUUAGUUUAUGAGUCAAAGUCCUGAAUAUUGUCAUACAUUGUACCUCAACCAACAUUUUCUUGACAGUGAACCCUUUCUCCGUUUAGGAGCUGGAGAUCCAUUCCCUCACUGCAGAGAUCGAGAGCCUGAAGAACCCACAGAACCUGGGCUUGUCCUCACACCUGGAUGGGCUGAAAGAGGAGAACGUGAAGCUCAAAUACCGCCUCAAUGUCCUCAAAAGGGUGAGUGAUCACUUGUAGGAACUUCCACAAGCCACUCUGGCUACAUUAAUGUAAUGAGAUUGAGCUAUCUUUCUUGUUAAUUCACAUACAAAUCAAAUCAAAUGUUAUUUGCCACAUGCGCAGAAUACAACAGGUGUAGACAUUACAGUGAAAUGCUUACUUACAAGCCCUUAACCAACAAUGCAGUUUUUUAAAAGAAAAAUGUAAAAUAAAGUGUUAAUUAAGAAAAAAUAAAAGCAAAUAGCUAAAGAGCAGCAGUAAAAUAAAAAGCAGUAGGGAGCUAAUAUACAGUGGGGUACCGGUACAGAGUCAAUGUGUGGGGGCACCGGCUAGUCGAGGUAAUUGAGGUCAUAUGUACAUGUGGGUAGAGUUAAAGUGACUAUGCAUAAAUAGCAAACAGAGUAGCAGCAGUGUAAAAGAGGGAGGGAGGGAGGGAGGGAGGGGGGGGGGGGGGGGGGGGGGGGGGGGGGGGGAGUGCAAAUAGUCCGGGUAGCCAUGAUUAGCUGUUCAGGAGUCUUAUGGCUUGGGGGUAGAAGCUGUUGAGAAGCCUUUUGGACCUAGACUUGGAGCUCCGGUACCGCUUGCCGUGCGGUAGCAGAGAGAACAGUCUAUGACUAGGGUGGCUUGAGUCUUUGAUCAUUUUUAGGGCAUUCCUCUGACACCGCCUGGUAUAGAGGUCCUGGAUGGCAGGAAGCUUGACCCCAGUGAUGUACUGGGCUGUACGCACUACCCUCUGUAGUGCCUUGUGGUCGGAGGCCGAGCAGUUGCCAUACCAGGCGGUGAUGCAACCAGUCAGGAUGCUCUCGAUGGUGCAGCUGUAGAACUUUUUGAGGAUCUGAGGACCCAUGCCAAAUCUUUUCAGUCUCCUGAGGGGGAAUAGGUUUUGUCGUGCCCUCUUCAUGACUGUCUUGGUGUGUUUGGACCAUGAUAGUUUGUUGGUGAUGUGGACACCAAGGAACUUGAAGCUCUCAACCUGUUCCACUACAGCCCCGUCGAUGAGAAUGGGGGCGUGCUCAGUCCUCUUUUUUUCCUGUAGUCCACAAUCAUCUCCUUUGUCUUGAUCACGUUGAGGGAGAGGUUGUUAUCCUGGCACCACACAGCCAGGUCUCUGACCUCCUCCCUAUAGGCUGUCUCAUCGUUGUCGGUGAUCAGUCCUACCACUGUUGUGUCGUCGGCAAACUUAAUUAUGGUGUUGGAGUCGUGCCUGGCCAUGCAGUCAUGGGUGAACAGGGAGUACAGGAGGGGACUGAGCACGCACCCCUGAGGGGCCCCCGUGUUGAGGAUCAGCGUGGCAGACGUGUUGUUACCUACCCUUACCACCUGGGGGCAGCCCGUCAGGAUGUCCAGGAUCCAGUUGCAGAGGGAGGUGUUUAGUCCCAGGAUCCUUAGCUUAGUGAUGAGCUUUGAGGGCACUAUGGUGUUCAAAGCUGAGCUGUAGUCAAUGAAUAGCAUUCUCACGUAGGUGUUCCUCUUGUCCAGGUGGGAAAGGGCAGUGUGGAGUGCAAUAGAGAUUGCAUCAUCUGUGGAUCUGUUGGGGCGGUAUGCAAAUUGGAGUGGGUCUAGGGUUUCUGGGAUAAUGGUGUUGAUGUGAGCCAUGACCAGCCUUUCAAAGCACUUCAUGGCUACAGACGUGAGUGCUACGGGUCGGUAGUCAUUUAGGCAGGUUAUCUUAGUGUCCUUGGGCACAGGGACUAUGGUGGUCUGCUUGAAACAUGUUGGUAUUACAGACUCAGUCAGGGACAUGUUGAAAAUGUCAGUGAAGACACUUGCCAGUUGGUCAGCACAUGCUCGGAGUACACGUCCCGGUAAUCCGUCUGUCCCUACGGCCUUGUGAAUGUUGACCUGCUUAAAAGUCUUACUCACAUCGGCUACGGAUAGCGUGAUCACAUAGUCAUCCGGAACAGUUGAUGCUCUCAUGCAUGCUUCAGUGUUGCUUGCCUCGAAGCGAGCAUAGAAGUGAUUUAGCUCAUCUGGUAGGCUUGUGUCUUGUGUCACUGGGCAGUUCACGGCUGUGCUUCCCUUUGUAGUCUGUAAUAGUUUUCAAGCCCUGCCACAUCCGACGAGCGUCAGAGCCAGAAUAGUACGAUUCAAUCUUAGUCUUAGUAUUGACUCUUUGCCUGUUUGAUGGUUCGUCGGAGGGAAUAGUGGGAUUUCUUAUAAGCUUCCGGGUUAGAGUCCCGCUCCUUGAAAGCGGCAGCUCUACCUUUAGCUCAGUGCCGAUGUUGCCUGUAAUCCAUGGCUUCUGGUUGGGGUAUGUACGAACAGUCACUGUGGGGACAACGUCAUCGAUGCACUUAUUGAUGAAGCCAGUGACUGAUGUGGUGUACUCCUCAAUGCUAUCUGAAGAAUCCCGGAACAUAUUCCAGUCUGUGCUAGCAAAACAGUCCUGUAGCUUAGCAUCUGCGUCAUCUGACAACUUUUUUUAUUAACCGAGUCACUGGUACUUCCUGCUUUAGUUUUUGCUUAUAAGCAGGAAUUAGGAGGAUAGAGUUAUGGUCAGAUUUGCCAAAUGGAGGGCGAGGGAGAGCUUUGUAUGCGUCUCUGUGUGUGGAGUAAAGGUGGAGUUUUUUUUUCUCCUCUGGUUGCACAUUUAACAUGCUGGUAGAAAUUAGGCAGAACGGAUUUAAGUUUCCCUGCAUUAAAGUCCCCGGCCACUAGGAGCGCUGCAUCUGGAUGAGCGUUUUCCUGUCUGCUUAUGGCCUUAUACAGCUCAUUGAGUGCAAUCUUAGUGCCAGCAUCGGUUUGUGGGGGUAGGUAGACAGCUACGAAAAAUAUAGAUGAAAACUCCCUUGGUAAAUAGUGUGGACUACAGCUUAUCAUGAGAUACUCUACCUCAGGCGAGCAAAAACUCGAGACUUCCUUAGUAUUCGAUUUUAUGCACCAGCUGUUGUUUACAAAUAUACACAGACCGCCACCCCUUGUCUUACCGGAGUCAGCUGUUCUAUCCUGCCGAUGUAGCGUAUAGCCCGCUAGCUGUAUGUUAUCCAUUUCGUCGUUCAGCCACGACUCGGUGAAACAUAAGAUAUUACAGUUUUUAAUGUCCCAUUGGUAGGAUAACCUUAGUCUUAGGUCAUCCAAUUUGUUCUCAAAUGAUUGAACAUUGGCUAAUAGGAUUGAUGGAAGAGGCAGUUUUACUCGCUCGCUGUCGAAACCUUACAAGGCACCCCGGCCUACGUCCACGAUAUCUGUCUCUUUCUCAUGCGAAUGACUGGGAUUUGGGCCUUGUCGGGUGUCUGUAGAAUAUCCUUCGCGUCCGACUCGUUGAAGAAAAAAUCUUCGUCCAAUACGAGGUGAGUAAUCGCUGUCCUGAUAUCCAGAAGCUCUUUUUGGUCAUAAGAGAUGGUGGCAGAAACAUUAUGUACAGAAUAAAUUACAAAUAACGCGAAAAAACACACAUAAUAGUACAAUUGGUUAGAGGGCUGUAAAACGGCAGCCAUCUUCUCCGGCGCCAUCAGACAAUCAAAGGAGCUGACUAAAUGCUUAGUUUCACCUGUUAUGUCCUCUUUCAUUAGUGGUCAGAAGAGACAGAGAGGCUGAGUUGCUCUGUAAGUUCUACUGAAGGGCUGUCUCUCUCCCCCAAAUAUUCUGUAGGAGGAGAGGAGAGAUGCUGGGUUGCUAUCUAUAGGUUGUCCUCUAUACAUUGUAUUGAAGUGCUCUGUCUAUUUUCCCUAUCUUAGAGUCUGCAAGAGGAGAGAAGCCAGUGCAGUAAGACCAUGAUGAACAUCAACCAGCGUCUGCAGGAGAUCUUUGGGGAGGCCAUCCGGGAGGCCUGCCCCGACCUGGAGAACCCUCCCCUGACCGUCACCCCCAACCAGCAGGCAAAGUUUGGGGACUACCAGUGUAACAGCGCUAUGGCCAUGGCCCAGGUGGGACUAGAACACUGAUGGAUCUUAUUCUCUGACUCUUCUUCUCUCUGAAUCUCUUUCUCUUUUUCACUUACUCUUCUUUUCUUCUUUUGUUACCUGUUUUCAUAUGUGUUUGUGUUGCGUCUCUGUUCCUCCGAUCUCUCUCCCACUGUAACUCUUUCUUUCAGUCUGUAUCUAUUGCUCUUUCUGAGAUUGUUUUGCGUAUAGCCUAAAUAUCAACAGCACAACUUUCAUUUGAGCUGUUAGGGGGUGAAUGAAAUGGGAGUGUAAUUGUUUUGGACUUGUUGUGUUUCAGAUGAUGAAAUCAAAGGGCCUGAAAGUUAACCCUAGGGAGAUCGCUGAGAAGAUUCUGCAGAACAUUCCUGACAAUGAGCUCAUUGAGAAGACAGAAAUUGCUGGACCAGGUUUUUGCCCUCAUACAAUAUUUAAGCUAGAGUCCUUCGUUGAAACAAAAACAAAGCUGAGGGAUGGGCCUGGAGAAAUGUGACCACUAAUUCAUAGACUGAGCUAUAGAUGCAAGGACUGACAUUGGAGCAAAGCAAGCUUAUUUUGGGUUCUGAUGGGGUAUGACAGUUUGAGCUCAUGAGGCAUUUAUAUUCUUCAAUAAUCAAUGGGUAUAUAUCAUUAAUUUCUAAGUCCGAAAAUGGAUUUAGCAACUAAGGAUUCUAGCUUAAUUGAUUAGAGUCAUGUGCUCAAUGAACUGAGGGGUGUUACAUUGCUUUUUGUGCUCUCAGGGUUCAUCAAUGUUCAGCUUAAGAGAUCAUUUGUGUCCAAACUGCUGACCAACCUGCUACUCAACGGUGUCCAACCUCCUCCCUUAGCGAGCAAGAAGAAGGUUGGCAAACGUCCUGCUUUUACAGACCCAACCGCUGCCCUUUUCCAUUUUUAAAUGUGCUUGAAUCUGAUAUGUCCCACGAAAACCAGUGGAUGAAUCUUCUGUGGAUGUGUGUGUGUUUUCUAGGUGGUUGUGGACUUCUCAUCUCCAAACAUCGCCAAGGAGAUGCACGUAGGUCACCUGCGCUCCACAAUCAUCGGGGACAGCAUGUGUCGUCUCUUUGAGUUCCUGGGCUACAACGUCUUGAGGUUAGUACAUCAGUCAAAAUAUGACAAACAUACACAGUUAGUUUCUUUUUGAAGUGUACUGGUAUCACUUUAUUUUAUGGUACAGAAAUGACCAGGUGUUUACUUAAAGUACAUGGUAAAAUAGGAAUGAAACAGUACCUAAACAAUAACCUAUGAAUGUACAGUUGAAGUCGGAAGUUUACGUACACCUUAGCCAAAUACAUUUAAACUCUGUUUUUCACAAUUCCUGACAUUUAAUCCUAGUAAACAUUCGCUGUCUUAGGUCAGUUAGGAUCACCACUUUAUUUUAAGAAUGUGAAAUGUCAGAAUAAUAGUAGAGAGAAUUAUUUCUUUCAGCUUUUAUUUCUUUCAUCACAUUCCCAGUGGGUCUGAAGUUUACAUACACUCAAUUAGUAUUUGGUAGUAUUGCCUUUAAAUUGUUUAACUUCGGACAAACUUUUCUGGUAGCCUUCCACAAGCUUCCCACAAUAAAGUUGGGUGAAUUUUGGCCCAUUCCUCCUGACAGAGCUGGUGUAACUGAGUCAGGUUUGUAGGCCUCCUUGCUCGCACACGCUUUUUCAGUUCUGCCCACACAUUUUCUAUAGGAUUGAGGUCAGGGCUUUGUGAUGGCCACUCCAAUACCUUGACUUUGUUGUCCUUAAGCCAUUUUGCCACAACUUUGGAAGUAUGCUUGGGGUCAUUGUCCAUUUGGAAGACCCAUUUGCGACCAAGCUUUAACUUCCUGACUGAUGUCUUGAUGUUGCUUCAAUAUAUCCACAUCAUUUUACUUCCUCAUGAUGCCAUCUAUUUUGUGAAGUGCACCAGUCCCUCCUGCAGCAAAGCACCCCCACAGCAUGAUGCUGCCAUCCCUGUGCUUCACGGUUGGGAUGGUGUUCUUCGGCUUGCAAGCAACCCCCUUUUUCCUCCAAACAUAACAAUGGUCAUUAUGGCCAAACAGUUCUAUUUUUGUUUCAUCAGACCAGAGGACAUUUCUCCAAAAAGUACGAUCUUUGUCCCCAUGUGCAGUUGCAAACCGUAGUCUGGCUUUUUUAUGGUGGUUUUGGAGCAGUGUCUUCUUCCUUGCUGAGUGGCCUUUCAGGUUAUGUCGAUAUAGGACUCGUUUUACUGUGCAUAUAGAUACUUUUGUACCUGUUUCCUCCAGCAUCUUCACAAGGUCCUUUGCUGUUGUUCUGGGAUUGAUUUGCACUUUUCGCACCAAAGUACGUUCAUAUCUAGGAGACAGAACGCAUCUCCUUCCUGAGCGGUAUGAUGGCUGCGUGGUCCCAUGGUGUUUAUACUUGCGUACUAUUGUUUGUACAGAUGAACAUGGUACCUUCAGGCGUUUGGAAAUUGCUCCCAAGGAUGAACCAGACUUGUGGAGGUCUACAAUAAUUUUUUUCUGAGGUCUUGGCUGAUUUCUUUUGAUUUUCCCAUGAUGUCAAGCAAAGAGGCACUGAGUUUGAAGGUAGGCCUUGAAAUACAUCCACAGGUACACCUCUAAUUGACUCAAAUUAUGUAAAUUAGCCUAUCAGAAGCUUCUAAAGCCAUGACAUCAUUUUCUGGAAUUUUCCAAUCUAUUUAUAGGCACAGUCAACUUAGUGUAUGUAAACUUCUGACCCACUGGAAUUGUGAUACAGUGAAUUAUAAGUGAAAUAAUCUGUCUGUAAACAAUUGUUGGAAAAAGUACUUGUGUCAUGCACAAAGUAGAUGUCCUAACCAACUUGCCAAAACUAUAGUUUGUUACCAAGAAAUGUGUGGAGUGGUUGAAAAACAAGUUUUAAUGACUCCAACCUAAGUGUAUGUAAACUUACGACUUCAACUGUGUGUAGUUUUUGUGGUACAUUAUUAAACAGCUGUAGCAAAUGCCAGUCACUAAUAUACCAUGACUAAGCCAAAUUAAUACCAACCGAGCCAGAGCCACCCCCACAUUGCACCGUAUGCUAGUUUAUUUAUGUGACACCCUGCUCUGCAGUAUAUCCUUUUGUGUGUGUGUGUGUGUGUUUUGGUUUACCAUGUCAUCACUGUGCAUUUAUUUGUGUUGUGUGCCCCAGGCUGAAUCACAUAGGGGACUGGGGCACACAGUUUGGGAUGCUCAUCGCUCACCUGCAAGACAAGUUCCCAAACUACCUUACCGUGUCCCCUCCUAUCGGAGACCUGCAGGCCUUCUACAAAGUGAGUCCACCCAAAACAUCUGCUUUUUCUAUAAAGUUGACCACUAGAUGGAGGUGGUGGGUUAAAAAAAAGACAAGAAAAAGGGUUUGGCAUCAGAAAUGGCAUGUCCUUUCCUCUGGCCAACUUUUGAGUUGUGUAGACUAUCCUAGGCAUACAAUACAUUCUGUUCCUCACUAGCCGUCAUCAGAUAUGUUACCUAUUGUCUCCCCUGCUGAUAUGAGUGAUUCCUCCCUCCCUGUCUGUCUGUCUGUCUGUCUGUCUGUCUGUCUGUCUGUCUGUCUGUCUGUCUGUCUGUCUGUCUGUCUGUCUGUCUGUCUGUCUCUGUCUGUCUCUGUCUGUCUCUGUCUGUCUGUCUCUGUCUGUGUGUACCAGGAGUCUAAGAAGCGUUUUGAUGAGGAGGAGGACUUUAAGAAGAGGGCCUACCAGUGUGUGGUCAAGCUGCAGAGCAAAGACCCAGCCUUCAUCAAAGGAUGGAACCUCAUCUGUGACGUUUCCAGGAAUGGUGGGUGGGAUGAAUGGAUAGAUGAAGGGAUGAUGAAAGUUAAACAAUUCUAAUAAAGUAUUUGAUCUAGGGGUAGUUAGACCUUAUGCCAAGUACUGUGAAGAGUCAAAGAUAACUAGGGCCCUAAAGAUAACAUUAUUUAGCAGAAGUAAAUUCACAAAAAUUAAGAUAUAGGCUACAGUAGUUCAGGUUUGAAUGAAAGGUCACAAUCGGACACCCAGAUAAAGUUGUGGCAUUGGGCAUAUUGGAGUUUGAGAUGUUCAUCAGCACCAUGGAGUUUUUAAAAUCUUCAAAAUGGAAUGUUCACAUGGGGUGAUGAGGUUCUUGCCACUAGUUUUCAGGGUGACUGCUCUAUUGUCAGUUCUGUUUAAUUGGACUUUGUGUGUGUGUGUGAUAAAGGUCAUGGCAAGCCUGAGGCGUCGGAGCUCUGACAGGUCACAGCUCUCCAUACUGUGUGCGAUCUCUGGGAGGAUUUAAACCUUGACGUGACAGACAGGGAGAGACAGGAGGAGGAGGAGGAGGAGGGAGGGAGAGCGAGAGAGAGAGACAAUGUUCCCAAUGCCUUUAUCAGCCAGCAGUGCCCACGGAGACACAGCUGAGGAAGGGCAAUUAGGUUGCUCCAUCCUUUUAUCUAUUUUUUCCCUUGAUCGAGUGACUUCACUUUCUCAAGUCUCAUCCAAAGACAUGCAAUGUGUUUAGUGUUGAUUUCCCCCUGAUGUUGCUACUGUACUCUAACAGAGAUUUACCCACCAACUCUUGUCUUUGUCUCUCGUAGAAUUCCAGAAGAUCUACAACUGUCUGGACAUUCAGAUCAUCGAGAGAGGAGAGUCCUUCUACCAGGAGAAGAUGACCGCCGUGGUCAAAGAGUUUGAGGCCAAAGGUCAUUCAGUUUAAAUCAAUCAAAACAAAGAUAGCUUUACGUUGUCAUUCAGUUGAUAUUCAGCUUAUUCAUAUUGAGCUAGAAGGACAUCAUGUACUCUUCGCCUCAGGUUGGUUGCUGUACUGUGCAGUUUGCUGUAGUUGGCCUAUGUGACCAGAAGGGGGCACUGUUGUCUCAGCAAUACUCCCAGUCAUUUUCUCCUCUUUCUCGCUCGCUCAAUCACUCACUCUCUUUCACUCCCUCCCUCCAGGCCUGGUGGAGAUGGACGAGGGUCGUAAGAUAGUGUUUGCCCCGGGCCAGCAGAUCCCCCUGACAGUGGUGAAGUCUGACGGUGGCUACACCUACGACACAUCAGACCUGGCCGCCCUGCGCCACCGUAUCUUUGACGAGAAGGCAGACAUCAUCAUUUACGUGACGGACAGCGGCCAGGUGAGAAGGGUGUGGAGGGAGGCCUGAGUGCCAGUCUGUUUGUGCUAUCAUGCCUACUCAUUGUCAUGCCAUACAUGUUUGGCUUUGACAAUGACAGCAUUAGGGACCAACAGAUCUGGGACCAUGCUACCUCUGUUGUGCCUCUGAGGUCCUGGCUUUGACACCAAUGGUGUCACCUGCUGAAAAUGUAAUCCACUUGGGGUCAGCCGUCUGUGUCUUGGUUUCUCUGUGAGAAGAAAGACGCUGUCAGAGACAGCCGUGAGUAGGGGACUCCAGAGUACUGCUCACUCACUGUAGUUCAACACCACAAGCAUUGGCUUGUCUGAGUGUUCACCGUAAUUUUUAUGCUGCAGAAGUUUCUACUGGAAUGGAUCAUACAUGCAAAAUCAUGAGGCUUACUUGCAAUGUUUUGCAACCGUCACUAUUAGCCUGUCAAACUCUGUCUAAACAUUUAACUGGUGUCCAAUACUCGUUUUAUUUUUAUUAAUUUUUUUGGCUGUAGUUUAUUAUGCGUAUGUCUGUUUUUUUCACAACAGGGCACCCACUUCCAGCUAGUGUUUGCAGCGGCUCAGAUGAUUGGCUGGUACGACCCCAAUGUGACACGAGUGGAGCACGCUGGUUUCGGAGUGGUGCUGGGAGAGGACAAGUGAGUAUCUACAAAUUACUGAAGUUCGUUUUUCCAGGGUCCUAUUCGCUAGGGCACACAACAACAAAACAGUUUUAAAACAGUUUGCAACAGAAAAUGAAAAUGAGUGCUUCUUAUUGGACAAGUCCAGGGUGCACCUCCUGUUUCAGUACGUUUUCUUCCAUUUGGUGCCUAAUGAAUGCGACCCAGAUUGGCAUACUCCAACAAUCACAGACACAUGCCUAAUUUAGUGUUCAUAGCUCAGUAUACUGUACUGGGCCGUCCAAGAGAACACCCACCCGCUUGUGGCCUCAUCAGCCUAUUGAAUUAGCACACUUAGCUUUUAUUUGUCCAUUCAUUUGCUCUAUUGGCCCAUUGGUCGCGCAUCAUCUUGUUGUGUAUGGCUACUAGGAGUCUCGUUAACCAGCAGAUAAUAUCACCUAGUGCAUUAAUAAAACAUCAAACACAGGCAGAGAAUGGGUUGUUGGUCGUAAGAGGCUGUAGGGGAGGUGAGAGGAGCAAACUAAGUGGUGGUUAGCGCCUAGUACUUCACUAUAGGCUGGGAGGGAGCUGAAGCACUGUUGAACGCUGUUCACAGUCCAAUACGGGAAAGUGGAAAAGCACACAUCAUUUCUCAUGAUCACUAAUUUAACAUUAUUUCAUUAAUUGAACAUGAUUGGAUAGAGCCAUGUAAGUGGAACACUACUUAGUUGUCGCAGAUCCAGUUAUGUUAGAUUACUGGUGAAGGAAGGAAGGAUGUGUUUUUGAGAUGGAUUUUAACAGGGCCUGAGUGUUGUCUUUGUCUGUUUGUCCACAGAAAGAAGUUUAAGACUCGCUCCGGGGACACGGUGAGGCUGAUGGACCUGCUGGACGAAGGCCUGAAGAGGUCCAUGGACAAACUCAAGGAGAAGGACAGGGACAAGGUGAAGAAUGGAUGCUGCCUGUCUUUCCAACAAUACUACAUAGCCAUAAACUCUUCAACUCUUUGUCGAGGGCAAAUCAGGUGUGAUAGUUGAUAGUACUUGGCUGGGACGAAACUGCAGGGUAUCCACACGCACCCACCCAAACACUAACGGGAGAGUGUAGAACACGUCAUUACUACAGCCUGAACAGUCAUCUUACUAAUGAGUGUGAAACCAGCCUGGCUGUGUGAAGUCUUUACUGAAGCCCCACAGUGAGUCCAUUUGGAGUUUUAAACAGAGAACAAACAGCUACUGCUGUUGCAGAUUGUCUCCUGCGUUGAACACAGCACUGUGAACGAUGCCUCUCUCUAAUCUUUGUGUUCUAAAGGCUCGUUGGGAUACAGAAACGCAUGCUCCUUCCACCUGGCGUAGCUGUCUGCCUGCAAAUCGCAGUCCGCCUCUUUUUUUCUGAUCCUAUUACUUGUGUGUGUGUCUAUGAAGCAAGAAGAGGUCCUCUGAAGUGGGGUUUGGCUGAUGUGUUUCUGCUAAGCCUAUAAUUGUCAAGGAUAUCUAAAGUUACACACGCUGCAUUAAAUUAUGCGGAAAAGUUAGUGGGUGUAUAAUUGCGCUGCUCCCUAGGGCGUAAUCAAUUAAGCAAACGCCGGCUGAGGGAGCCAAUUCAGAUCUAUUCUGAGAUCUUUUUAUUUUGUUAGCGCAGUAAGCGUACUCCCCCAGCCCGUUUUUCUCCAGGCCCCUACGUAGCAUCGUUGGCACCACGGGGCUGGCCACGUGCCCAACCCUGCCACCUGUUUGUCCCAACCUCAUUCAAAUACACCCGCCCUGCACAAAACACUCAAGCACACAAAUCCUAUACAUACAAAUACUAACACAAUCCACACACAUCCCCACUCUCUCUAGGUACUUGUGAGCCUGUCCAUACCGAACAGGGUAUUUGACUCGACAUGAAUGUCAGAAUGACAGGUCAGACUUAUAGCAGUACAGUACAGUACUUCAACUUGUCCCAGAACUCUUGUGACACACACAAACAAGUUGUGACCCAUAUCAGAUGUCCAGUGACUGAACACAUGCCUGAUUGGCUGUAACUCUGAUCAUAUGAUGUCUUUCUGCCCCAGGUGCUGAGCACGGAGGAUCUGACCAAGGCCCAGCGCUCGGUGGCGUUCGGCUGCAUCAAGUACGCCGACCUAUCGCACAACCGCAUAAACGACUACGUGUUCUCCUUCGACAAGAUGCUGGACGACCGGGGCAACACGGCCGCCUACCUCCUCUACGCCUUCACCCGCAUCAGGUGAAGGACCCUUGCAGUCCCCUAGUGGUAUUGGCCCAGAGUGGCCACGCCCCCAGUCUCAGUCUCCAUUUAUCUGCACAUGGGUGGAGGGGGAAAAAGCAGUCUUGUUCAGGGUGGUCGAUGGUCACACACUAAGUCAAUAGAGCACUCACAGAUGGCGGUGGCUCCUGCUGUGGAGGGGAACUGGGGUUACACACGCUUGUUUGAGCAUUGGGUUUGAAACCCGGAAUGCUGCUCAUCUUGUAGAUCUGCGGUUGGAGAUAGCCAAAGAACACAAUGGCAUUGUUCUGGGAUCAUUUGAUUCACUGUCAGUCCCAGUCAGGAUCAGAUAUAGUCUCUUUUGAUAGCCGGCAUCAUGCUCCAACUAAUCUCGGUUACCCAGAAGUAAAAUUAUCUCGCGAAAGUCUGUAAUUUCGUAUUUUACUUCUGGGGGGAAAUACCAUUAACAAUUAUGAUUACCUUUGUGCAAAGGAAGGAAGCAAAGUCUCCUCCCUCGCAAAUUGAACUCCCUUCCGCUAAUUUCACCCAUGUUUAUCGUGGCCAAAAAGGACAUCUUUGUUUUCAUGAAUUUUUAUCAUCUAACCAAUUUUGACUUUGUGGCUCUGGAAUCUAGUGGAAACCGUUUAUUAUCUUCGCACGAGCUUGAAAAUCACUGCCCCAGUUUAAGCACCGCCUUCGCCGCAUCCUGAUUCGUCCAAAUAAUCAAUGAUUCAAACCCAAAACCAGGAACUACUGCUGCUCGUAAUCACAUAAUUCUAUGUGAGCCUUGACAGAUUUCAUCUGUCCACGAGAAACUGUCCACAAGAGAUUAUGCUCCAACCAACUGAACUAUCUGGACCUGCAGCAUCACCUGGGAUUUGUCAAUUGUAGUCCCACCUAACACAUAUUGCUAUAAUCAUGUGAUAACCUGCCUAGUUACAAUGUAAUCACAAUGUAGGUACGCUUUAUAAAAUAGAACUGGUCUGCCAUAUCCUACUCCAAUUCAUACCCCUUCCCCUCCUGUGUCUCUGUCUGCAGGUCCAUAGCCCGGCUGGCUAACAUCGACGAGGCAGCGCUCCGUAAAGCAGCAGAGACCACGGAGGUGCUCCUGGAGCACGACAAGGAGUGGAAGCUGGGCAAGUGUCUCUUGCGCUUCCCUGAGAUCCUCCAGAAGAUCCUGGAUGACCUGCUGCUCCACACGCUGUGUGACUACCUGUAUGAGCUGGCCACAACCUUCACAGAGUUCUACGACAGCUGCUACUGUAUUGAGAAAGACCGCCAGACAGGUAGGGCAGAGACACUGGGGUGAUGGAGACUGAGAAAGUUGUCCAUCUUUAUCUAACCGUCUAUUAGUUGGUCUGUCUGUCUCCAUUCAUCCAUACAUCCAUCCAUCCAAUGGUCCAUACUAAAUGCUGGUUCUACAUAUCCCUGUUAGGAGUACUCUUAAAAUCAGAGAUAUUUCUUGGCUUUGCCAUUCGGUAGUUGCUGUCAUGCACAGCCCCAGACUUCUGCUGGUCUCAAAUAAUCCUAAAUUGCCCAUUGGGAGGGACACUCACAAACAACUCCAGUCAGAGGUGUCAGAGAGCAAGUGACGUUGUUAGCCCAUCCACUCGCAUCUGUAAGCAUUUACCCUACGGUGGGCCGCUUCGCUAAUGCUAAGUCCUACUUACCUAGGGUUUAGCAUACCACAGAGUGUUAGCUUAACGUGCUGCUCCCGAGUUAGCGCCCAAGUUAGCCCUCCUUGCAACCAAAUUGAGUGUGAAUUAUAGGCCACAACAGCACAUAAACCCCCUAGAGUCGAUUGGCACACCGGUGCGUUAAUCUAAGUUACAUAACAAAAAAAAUCCAGAUCAAAAUCUGUUAGUUUAAGCUAGAGAUAUGUUAUUUUGCAUUGGCUGCAUCUCAAUCCACCGCAUCCUCCAGUGUCGCACUUCCGCGUCUGCGGUGAAAGGUGGCAGAGCUAGAGCGGUGUUUGUCAGACCAUGAGACAUCCCAAAAAUGGGUCUUCUCACGAAAACUGUAGCGUCCGAACGGUUUGACCUACAGACCAUUAUGACCACUCUAUGGAAAGGGGAGACUCACUAUGGUGUUCUCACGACCCCCCCAAGUGUCACAGCACUCGUCUGAAGGUAACCGGUUCCGGAUUAAAUAUGUGUAUAAAAAAAUAUAUUUAUAUAUUUUAUAUAUCCUAGAUUUAGGACAGACACUUCAAAACCUUGUUUCUUAUGAUUUAUUCUUUGACUGUACCUUUUGCCAUUUAUGAAUGUGUUAUUCAAUGCGUUUCUAUGGGCUUUAGUAGUAAAGGCCAACAUCAAUAUUUUAUCAAAACAUUUUUGUAUAUUUUUUUUAUUCCUAAAGGGGUCCUAAAAUUCAAAAUCAAAUAGCUAAAUGAUCCAUAGUAUGACCAUCUUAAAACAAUUCCAUAUGUCAGUUUAGCACCUCCCCUCCCCCAACGUCUUAGACUCUAAAGAAUUACAUUCUGAAUGUCAGCCUGUUUUCCACCCAUAGUAACAAUGAAGGCCAAUUUGAGUUUUAGCCAUACAAAUGCUAGUCUACAGACCAAUGCAAGUCUUUCAUGACUAGUCUAUGGGUGUUUCUCAAUAACACCCUAUCUUUGCUUUUGUCAUCCUUUGCUAAAUUGGUUUUAAAGGAGCCAACUGGGAUAUAUAUCAUUGGAUGACAAUGGCGUGGACAUUACCAAGUGCUUGAAUUACUCUAAUACGACGUUAACAGAUGAUUUGUUAGUGUAAAUGAAUGGGAAAUGGUAUUGUUUGUCAAUUACAUUAAUGUCUUAUAAUGACCCGUCUGUUUAAUUUGCCCUCUCUCUCUGGCUUAAUUUCUAUUGGAUCUCCUCACCGUGUAGCAAUCUGCCCCUUGGAUCGUUGAAUCGUGAACAUUGAUUUUGUGACUGCUCUGUUAUUGGGACGUGAUUUUGUGUAAUUUGAUUGGAUUGAAAUUACCUCCGAUCUAUGUGUUGACCCAUCUCUCUGUCUCUGUCUCUCGCUGUCCUGUCUCUCUCUCGACAGGUGAGGUGGUAAAAGUAAACAUGUGGAGGAUGCUCCUGUGUGACGCCACUGCUGCCAUCAUGGCCAAAGGCUUUGACAUCCUGGGCAUCAACCCCAUCUCCAGGAUGUGACAUCAUCACCACGCCCUCGUCCCAUCUCCUCGGGCAACAGAAAAAAAUAGCCUCUUCAACCCAUUAACGUCACCUGGGAUUUUACUGUAUACCAAAUAAAAUAAAAAUUACUGCUUGUAAAAAAGGAUCUGGCACCCUGCUCAUCAUUCUCCAUAUAAAUGUCAGAAUACCUACCAAGAGAUUGAGGAAUGGCUGGAGUGGCUGCCAAAACAGCAAUACUGAUUUGGGCUACAGCUCAAUAAUUGCACAGGGGAUUUGAGAUCUAUGUGUUAGACAUUGACCUUUGUUUAUUGCAGUAAAUCUGGGCUGAUCCUGACCCGGCCAAAUAAUACACUAUUUCAGAUGAAAGACGAGAAACAACCGGCACACUGUCGAUCGCGAAGGAAGGAAGCACACAGUGCCUUGCAAAAGUAUUCAUCCCCCUUCGCGUUUUUCCUAUUUUGUUGCAUUACAACCUGUAAUUUAAAUGGAUUUUUAUUUGGAUUUCAUGUAAUGGACCAUACACAAAAUAGUCCAAAUUUGUGAAGUGAAAUGAAAAAAAUAACUUGUUUCAAAAAAAAUAAUAACGGAAAAGUGGUGCGUGCAUAUGUAUUCACCCCCUUUGCUAUGAAGCCCCUAAAUAAGAUCUGGUGCAACCAAUUACCUUCAGAAGUCACAUAAUUAGUUAAAUAAAGUCCACCUGUGUGCAAUCUAAGUGUCACAUGAUCUGUCACAUGAUCUCAGUACAUAUACACCUGUUCUGAAAGGCCCCAGAGUCUGCAACACCACUAAGCAAGGUGCACCACCAAGCAAGCGGCACCAUGAAGACCAAAGAGCUCUCCAAAAGGUCAGGGACAAAGUUGUGGAGAAGUACAGAUCAGGGAUAGGUUAUAAAAAAAAUAUCAGAAACUUUGAACAUCCUACGGAGCACCAUUCAAUCCAUUAUUAAAAAAUUGAAAUAAAAAAAUAAGGCACCACAACAAACCUGCCAAGAGAGGGCCGCCCACCAAAACUCACAGACCAGGCAAGGAGGGCAUUAAUCAGAGAGGCAACAAAGAGACCAAUGAUAACCCUGAAGGAGCUGCAAAGCUCCACAGCGGAGAUUGGAGUAUCUGUCCAUAGGACCACUUUAAGCCGUACACUCCACAGAGCUGGGCUUUACGGAAGAGUGGCCAGAAAAAAAGCCAUUGCUUGAAGAAAAAAAAUAAGCAAACACGUUUGGUGUUUGCCAAAAUGCAUGUGGGAGACUCCCCAAACAUAUGGAAGAAGAUACUCUGGUCAGAUGAGACUAAAAUUGAGCUUUUUGGCCAUCAAGGAAAACGCUAUGUCUGGCGCAAACACAACACCUCUCAUCACCCCGAGAACACCAUCCCCACAGUGAAGCAUGGUGGUGGCAGCAUCAUGCUGUGGGGAUGUUUUUCUUCUGCAGGGACUGGGAAACUGGUCAGAAUUGAAGGCGCUAAAUACAGGGAAUACAGGUUCACCUCCCAGCAGGACAAUGACCCUAAGCAUACUGCUAAAGCAACACUUGAGUGGUUUAAGGGGAAACAUUUACAUUUCUUGGAAUGGCCUAGUCAAAGCCCAGAACUCAAUCCAAUUGAGAAUCUGUGGUAUGACUUAAAGAUUGCUGUACACCAGUGGAACCCAUCCAACUUGAAGGAGCUGGAGCAGUUUUGCCUUGAAGAAUGGGCAAAAAUCCCAGUGACUUGAUGUGCUAAGCUUAUAGAGACAUUCAUUUACAUUACAUUACAUUUUAGUCAUUUAGCAGACGCUCUUAUCCAGAGCGACUUACAGGAGCAAUUAGGGUUAAGUGCCUUGCUCAAGGGCACAUUAACGUCAUUUAGCAGACGCUCUUAGCCAGAGCAACUCACAAAUUGGUGCGUUCACCCUAUAGCCAGUGGGAUAACCACUUUACAAUUUGGGGGGGGGGGGGUUAGAAGGAAUACUUUAUCCUAUCCCAGGUAUUCCUUAAAGAGGUGGGGUUUCAAAUGUCUCCGGAAGGUGGUGAGUGACUCCGCUGUCCUGGCGUCGUGAGGGAGCUUGUUCCACCAUUGGGGUGCCAGAGCAGCGAACAGUUUUGACUGGGCUGAGCGGGAGCUAUGCUUCCGCAGAGGAAGGGGAGCCAGCAGGCCAGAGGUGGAUGAACGCAAUGCCCUCGUUUGGGUGUAGGGACUGAUCAGAGCCUGAAGGUACAGAGGUGCCGUUCCCCUCACUGCUCCAUAGGCAAGCACCAUGGUCUUGUAGCGGAUGCGAGCUUCAACUGGAAGCCAGUGGAGUGUGCGGAGGAGGGGGGUGACGUGAGAGAACUUGGGAAGGUUGAACACCAGACGGGCUGCGGCAUUCUGGAUGAGUUGUAGGGGUUUAAUGGCACAGGCAGGGAGGCCAGCCAACAGCGAGUUGCAGUAGUCCAGACGGGAGAUGACAAGUGCCUGGACUAGGACCUGCGCCGCUUCCUGUGUAAGGCAGGGUCGCACUCUCCGAAUGUUGUAGAGCACAUUCCCCAAGAGACUUGCAGCUGUAAUUGCUGCAAAAGGUGGCUCUACAAAGUAUUGACUUUGGGGGGGGGGGGGGGGUGAAUAGUUAUGCAUGCUCAAGUUCUGUUUUUUUGUCUUAUUUCUUGUUUGUUUCACAGUAAUACAUAUUUUGCAUCUUCAAAGUGGUAGGCAUGUUGUGUAAAUCAUAUGAUACAAACCCCCCAAAAAUCCCUUUUUAAUUCCAGGUUGUAAGGCAACAAAACAGGAAAAAUGCCAAGGGGGGUGAAUACUUUCGCAAGCCACUGUAAGUAGCUAAACAUGUAUCCUUCCUUUCUUGCAAAGGGUGACGCUUAAAUAGAGCAUAUUAUUUUUGCUAUUUGAGCCUCAGAUUUGGGGCCUUUUGAAGUCGACAGUGGGAAGGUUUUCUGUCAUCUUAGUCCAGCUACCCCAUCUGUCAUCUGACUUAGUCUACAUAUUUGAAACCCAUGCACCUGUGAUAUUGGUCACUUUGAGCACAGAGAGCCAAGACUGCAGAAUACUUUCCUGUCCUGAAAAAGAUGGUGAAUCAAU